AUGGCGAAAUGUUGCCUGCUGCUGCUCUUCGUGGCGUUCCUCUUGCCUGCGGCGAGCAGCGAGACGCCGUGCCACCCCGAUGACCUCGACGCGCUGCGGGGCUUCGCCGGGAACCUUACCGGCGGUGGCGUCCACCUCCGCGCCGCGUGGUCCGGCGCCACGUGCUGCCGCUGGGAAGGUGUGGGCUGCGACGCCGCAACCGGCCGCGUCACGGCGUUGUGGCUCCCCGAGCGCGGCCUUGCGGGGCGCAUCCCAGGAGCAUCCCUGGCGGAACUCGCGCAGCUCGAGGAGCUCUUCCUCGACUCCAACUCUUUCGUGGGAGCCCUCCCCGAUGCACUCUUCGGCCUCGCUAGGCUACGGAAGCUCUCCCUCGCAUCCAACAAGCUCGUCGGCGAGCUGAGCCCACGCGUCCGUGAGCUCACGCAACUCACCUCGCUAGACAUCUCCGCCAACCGCUUCUCCGGCAGCCUCCCGGACGCGUUCAGCGGCCUCGCCUCGCUCGAGCAUUUCGCCGCGCAUUCCAACGGUUUCUCCGGGCCGCUGCCGCCUUCCCUCUCAUCACUGCCAUCUCUCCGCGAGCUCAACCUCCGGAACAACCACAUGUCCGGUCCCGUUUCUCGUGUCGUCUUCUCCGGCAUGCCACUCCUAGCUUCCCUCGACCUCUCCACAAACCACCUUGAUGGGCCGCUCCCCACCAGCCUCGGCGGCUGCGGCGAGCUCCAGUCGCUCAACCUCGCCAACAACAGGCUGCAGGUCGGCACCAUCCCGUCGUGGAUUGGCGAGCUUGACCACCUUUCCUUCCUAGAUCUCUCCGGUAACUCGUUGGUUGGCGAGGUACCCGAGAGUCUGCAGAUACGACUCGAGGGCCUCGCCACCGCCGCUCGCUCAUUUGCUACGCCUUUCACUGACAUGCCAUUAUUGUAUGUGGAGGAGCGUAACCGCAGAACCCUCGACGAAGAACCAAACACGAUAACCGGCACCAACAACACCGUCGUGUCAGGAAACACCAACGUUCUCUCCGGGAACGACAACGUUGUCAUGUGCGGGAGCAACAACACCGUGUCCGGAAGCAACAACACCAUCGUGAGAGGGUGCGACAAUGUUGUGGCCGGGAGCAACCAAAUUGUACGUGGGAGCAACCAUGUCGUCUCCGAGAACAACAAUGUUGUCUCUGGGCACGACAAUAAUGUUUCCGGGAGCUUUUGUACCGUAUCUGGGAACCACAAUACGGUAUCUGGGAGCAACAAUACCGUGUCUGGGAGCUACCAUACCGUAUCGGGGAGCAACAAGGUCGUGACAGGAGGUUAA